GGGUGUGUUCGCGUUCUAAUUUUUUUCUUCUGCUGACGACAAAUAAACGCUAUAAAAAUCAUCAAAUAUUUAUUUAUGAUUAUAAUUUUUUUUUAAUCAAACGAUAAUAAUUUAAAGUUUAGGAAUUCAAAUAUAUUUUUCUAUUUAUUAGCUCUUGUUUUCCGCACCUAUAACCGUAAUCAAAGCCACGUCGUCUUCUGCUGUGUUGGUAAUUCUGAAUACAGUAUUGUUAUGUAUUGUUUUUAAUAUUGAGUGCUUGAGAUAAAAUAAUACUGCAAAAAUGUCUACAAGCAACGUUAAUGUUACUGCUUUGUAUUCGGAACUGUUACGUGCUGGUGAUAAUGGUGAAUACGAUAAAGCUUUGAAAAUAGUGAAUAAAAUUAUUCACGAAAAUAAAGAGGAUAAGAAGGCUCACCAUUGCAAAGCGGUGUGUCAUAUUCACUUAUCAGAGUUUGAAGAUGCUUUAAAAGUAUUGGAUAAAAAUGUGCCUGAAGCUAAUUUUGAACGUGCCUACUGUUUAUAUCGCCUGAAUAGAGUUCAAGAGGCUCAUGAUAAACUAAAGUCGUUGAAAGAUCCUAAUGGGAAAGAAAAAGAAUUGCUCGCUCAAGUAUUGUACCGCUUAGAACGAUAUCCUGAAUGUUUCGAACUGUAUAAAGAAUUAAUCAAAAAUACCGAUGAUGAUUUUGAAGAAGAAAGAGAAACUAAUUUAUCUGCUUGUGUCAGUAACUUAUUUGAUCAAAAAGGUAAAGAAUUUAAAAAUGCUCCACAAUUACGUGAACAUACUUACGAGUUAAGUUAUAACAGUGCUUGUAUUUUGAUUAAUCAAGGCUUAUAUGCUGAGGCUAUUGAAAAAUUGAAGGUUACAGAAGAGCUAUGCAAAAAGCAAUUGGAAGAAAAUGAUGCCACUGAAGAUGAGAUUGAGGCGGAAUUGGGAGUUAUUCGUGUACAGCAUGCCUAUGUCAUACAGUUGCUUGGUAAAAACGAUAGAGCUAUGAAAUUGUAUAAUCAAGUGUUGAAAAGUAAGCCAUCAGAUGUUGCUACUGCUGCGGUUGCAUCGAACAAUGUUGUUACCAUUAACAAAGAUCAAAAUGUUUUUGAUUCAAAGAAAAAGAUUAAAACUGCUACUGCUGAAAACUUGGAUACAAAGCUAACUUCCAAACAGCGACAAACAAUAGCCAUGAAUAAUUGUUUGUUGUUGUUACAUACAAACCAACUCGACCAAUGCCGUAAAAGUAUUCAGUCGAUGUCUGAAAAGUUUCCCUCUUGUGCUGCUGAAACAGCUCUAUUGAUGGCCGCCUUAUAUUGCAGAGAGAAAAAAGUUCAAAAAGCAGUUGAUGUUUUGAAAGAGUUUGCUAGUGCUCAUCCUGAACAAUCAUUAACUUUAUCUUUUACACUUGCUCAACUUCUCCUUGCUCAAGGUCAUGUGAGUCAAGCCUGUGACACUUUGCGUGCUAUGGGAGAUGUCACAUACACACUUGGUGUCACCUCUGCCUUAGUCACACUCUACCAAAGUAUGGAAGAUAAGGACUCUGCCGUAACUGUUCUCCAAUGGGCUAUUAAAUGGCACAGAAAGAAUAAGAGUCCUGCUUUAAGUACCUUAAUCCAUGAAACUGCCAAAAUCCAGUUGAAGGGUGGUCGACCUCAAGAAGCGGCUAAAUUGUUGGAGGAACUGCGUAAAGAAGACCCGAGUGACCUGAAAACGUUGGCUCAGCUAAUAUCUGCUUUGUCUCAAUUCAAUCCUACGAAAGCCAAAGAAGUUAGCAAGCAAUUACCUCCUGCAGAAGAACUUACUGCACAAGUUGAUGUGGAUAAUCUAGAAUCGACAAGUUGGACUAUGGGAGCCAAAUACAUCAAAAGAAGUGGCAAAGUCGAGCCUUCUUCUGGAAAACAAGAUACGGGGGAUGGUCUUAUACAAAAGAAAAAGAAGAAGCAUAAAAAAGGAAAACUUCCUAAAAAUUACGAUCCGACCGUCGAUCCCGAUCCUGAAAGAUGGCUUCCUAGACGAGAAAGAUCUACUUAUAAAAAGAAAAAAGACAAGAGGGGUGGGGGAAUAGGUAAAGGUACCCAGGGUGCUAUGGCUAAUAGUGAGGACACAGGCAAAUCUCCGAAUCCACAAGCUGCACAAUCACCAGGGGCAUCGAAUAUACCAACUUCUCCUAAUGUUCAGGGUCCUAGACAAGUGAAAGGUGGACAAAAGAAAAAGAAGAAAACUCGUUGGUAAUUGUGAUGUCGGCAUGCAAUAAAUAUGUAGUUUUACAAAUUACACAUUCUUAAAAUAAAUUAUUGCAAUUCCA